CACCAAACCUUCUUCCUCCUCGUUCCUUUUUUUUUAAAAUUUAAUUUUAUGCCUGGUGGGGCUAUUCGUUGCCACAAAGUUUAUUCCCUUCCGAUUCUCCAUUAGAUCCCCUUUUUAUUAUUAUCCUUCUCCUUCCUCUCUCCCUUCGUCUUCUUCAUAUUCCCCUCCCCCGAUUCCUCUCUCUCCCCCUCUGGAUUCGGAUCCUCCUAUGCUCCUCUUCUUCUUCUUCUUCUCUAAUCUCCGUAUUUAACUCAUCCCUCCUUUCUGCAACCAGACUGCCAACAAACUAACAAGGCAAAUUCGAAGUGGGAUGGAUUUCCCCGAUCAAAGGAAGCGCUGCCACGAGUACGUCGACGCCUUGGAGGAAGAGCGCCGGAAAAUCCAGGUUUUCCAGCGUGAACUCCCCCUCUGUCUCGAGCUCGUCACCCAAGCGAUCGAGGCAUGUCGGAGGGAGCUGUCUGGUUCGACGCCGACGGAGUACACCACCACCAUGCCCGGUCAAUCCGACUGCUCGGAGCAAACCUCCAGCGGCGGAGGCCCGGUGCUGGAAGAAUUCAUCCCUAUUAAGCCCCACAACAACUCCUCCAGCUGCGACGACGACGAAAAUGAGAAUGAAAAUCAUCAUAAUACCCACCGCCACGAUGAAGAAGAUCACGAAAUUCAGGAUAUUGGCAGCGUCGGCGACGAGAGGUCACUGAAACGGAACCGGAGCGAAAAUCAGGAAACGGAAGAUCAUAAGAGCAGUAGUGGUAACAAGAAAUCAGAAUGGCUUAGAUCUGUUCAAUUGUGGAACCAGUCCCCAGAUCCACCGCCCCCAAAUGAGGAGGUGCCGAGGAGAGCGGUAGUGAAAGAGGUGAAGAGAAGCGGAUCAGGAGGCGCAUUCCAGCCAUUCCAAAAGGAGAAAAAUAGCGGCGGCGGCGUUGGGAAGAGCAACGGUGGUUGCGGUGGUGGUAAUCAUGACAAGACCACCGCCGUCGCUACCGCUGCUGCGACUACUCCAUCCUCGGUCCUGAGUUCCAGCGCGGCCGCGGCGGGGACCAGCGGCGGCGGCGACGGCGACCCCAGCGUCAGCAAUAAGAAUAGCAACAAACAACAACAACAAAAGGAUGUGGAUAACAAAGAAGCGCAGGCGCAGCAGAGAAAGCAAAGGCGGUGCUGGUCUCCAGAACUUCACAGAAGAUUCCUUCACGCGCUCCAACAGCUCGGCGGUUCACACGCUGCGACACCGAAGCAAAUUAGGGAGCUAAUGAAGGUGGAUGGGCUCACUAAUGACGAAGUUAAGAGCCAUUUGCAGAAAUAUCGUUUGCACACAAGGCGGCCGAGCCACGGCGUGCAGAAUACCAGCAACCAGCCGGGCCCACAGUUCGUGGUCGUCGGCGGGAUAUGGGUGCCACCGUCGGCGGAAUACGCGGCGGCGGCCACGACAGCAGUUGGAGAAACGGCCAACAUUCCGGCGGCGGCGGGUCAGGGUGGAUCUAUUUAUGCGCCGGUGGCGACGACGGUGGGUGCUCAAAAGCAGCAGGCUAGCAGUACGGAGCAGCUGCAGUCGGAAGGAAGAGGCAGCAGCCGGAGUGAAGGCGGAGGACCUCAUCACCCGUGUUCACCGAGCACGUGUUCGUCCACUCGCACGGCCACUAGCUCGCCGGGAAUCUAAUGCUUUUUUUUUUUUGGUCGCAUAGUGUAAAAUUUUUGUACGAUCAUAUGCCCGAUAGAGGAAAGAAGAAGGGCGUGGUGCGUGCGUGUAUUAUUUUGUGACGGAGUAGAUAGAUAGUCGAUAGACAUAAACAAGCGAUGGAUUUGGGAAAUUCGUUUACAUUAGAAGAUAAUGACAGUUGAAUUAUAAACGUUGGAUAGUGGUUAAGAAUAAAUUAAUUGGCAAAUCUUUCUUCUUACUU